UUUUUCCAGGCUGUGCUUGAAAGCAUCAUGAGUAUACUGCUCCGCCUUCGUUUGAACAGACUACAAGCACUAGAGAGCAUUUAGGAAAUAUAUGCCCCUUCAAAUUGACCGUAAAAUUACACUGAGCUUUUACACUGCGGUUCACCAGCUUUCCCAUUAAGGUUUAUCCUGUUGUAGAUAAGUCUGCAGUACCUGUAUGUGUACCCACAAUGCCUGCUGCACCACAGCUUUAAUGCAGUAAAACUACAACACGUGGAUUUACAGUUGCGAGCUUUUUACUCACUGCAGAGUCUCAACAACACGUCUAUGAGCCACUGGCCUUAACGAGGUUAACUCAAUAUGGACCACCUGCCAGAUGAUAACUCAAGGUACAAAGAUGUCGACUACUGGGACGAAAGAUACAAGACAGAGCAGUGUUACGAUUGGUUGGGCAGCUUCUCCAGAUUCCAGCAUCUUUUGGAAAAACACAUCAAGAAAGAAGACUCCAUUCUGAUACUCGGUUGUGGAAACAGCAGUAUGAGUGGUGAUAUGUACAGUGCUGGCUACUGCUCCAUCACCAACAUAGAUUACUCCUCAGUGUGCAUCAGUGCUAUGAGUGCCAGACACAGCGACUGCCCAGGUAUGACCUGGCAUCAGAUGGACAUCCGCCAGCUCUCCUUCCCCAAUGAGUCCUUUGAUGUCAUCCUAGAGAAGGCUACGCUGGAUGCCAUAAUGGUGGAAGAGAAAACCCCCUGGGAGGUGUCCCCUGAGACCGCUGGUUUCAUUCACAAGGCUCUCACAGAGAUUAGCCGCUGCUUGAAACCUGGAGGAUUGUUUGUCUCCGUUACCUUCGCCCAGCCCUUCUUCAGGAAACGACUCUACGCUCGCACCGAGUACAACUGGUCUAUCAAACAGUACAGUUAUGGUGAAGGCUUUGAAUAUUUUGUGUAUGUAUUGACCAAAGGAGAGGAGCUGAGCCCAGAAGAUGCAGCCCUGGAAAAGAAGCUACUGGAGGACAGUAGAUCCCCACCUCCAAGAAUCACCACAACACAGAAGGAUGAUAAGGAAGACUUCCUGUCUAAUAUUGACUUGUAGGCUGAGGCAUUGAUGGCAAAACUAUGUUUUACCCAGCAUUUUAUACAUAUAGUAUGAUUAAGAAAAACAAAGAAGACUUUACCAGAACUGCAGUUAUUUUGUAAUGUGUUUUUAAUUUUGUACUGGUUCAUGUGAUCAUAUGGACAUCAGUGUUGAAUAAUUGUUGUGGAAUUAUUUUACACUGGAUUUAGGUGUGGAGGUAACAUCGAAUAGGGGUGGGAAAUAUGGAUAACAUUUUGUAUUACAGUAGAAUUAUUUUUACAACAGCACCAUAUACUGUAUCUUGACAGAGCAGUCCAACCAAAGAGGGAUUUUUUUCCAUAUAGGAUUGUCUCAUUUGAGGGGCCCGACCCCUCAGUUGGUAGCCACUAGGUUGGUGUAUCCUAAUAUUUUAUCAAGUGCAAGAAGGCAACACAAUUUAAGGAAAAGCUGCCAGCACACCAAAUUUGGUGUAAAAUGUAAUGUGUUAAAUACAGCUACAAGGUUUUAACAACACAUUUUUAUAAUGUCUGACCCUUGAUGUCAAAGGGAUGUCAAAAUGUUACAGCUGUACUAAAAACCUUUUAAGAAAUUUGAUUCAGAAACAAUUCGUUGAUGUGAUAACUGGAUGGGAAUGUCUGUUUUAUCCAAUAUUGCCAUAAAGGAGUUCUGCUCAUUAAUUUGCAGUGUUGCAUCCAGUGGCCUAAUACAACCACAGAUAUUUACAAUCCAUGUUGUCAUAUCUUCCACCAUGGACAUUGUUAUGAAACGUUUUAUAUAGAUUGUUUUAAAUGUUUAUCGUUUUAUAGAUUAUACAGUCUCAAUGUUUUCUGAUGGCCAAUUUGAUGAUUUGUAGUUGGGUCAUGACGUUCUUUCUGUGCUGCUGUCAGCUUCUGUUCUUGUUAAGUUCAUGAUAGAAACUUUUAUCAGUCAUAAACCAAUUAUACAUUAA